AUGGCCAACCAUCGCCCGUCGACCUCAAUUUCUCGAGCACGUCUCACACAAUCGUUACCACCCUUACCCCAAGAAGAUGAAGUAGCUCUCGCACCAUAUCAUGACGAUCCGGCAGAGGAUGAAGUUGCAGAGGUCACAGAAGGAAUAGAAAGAAACCAAGCCGAUAUGAACGAACCUCCUGAAUAUGAACCGAUGCACGAUUAUUUGGCCAGCAGAGUACAUCGAUUAUCUCAAAUGCGGCCUCCCGAAUAUGAAUUGUCGUCGCAGGACCAAACACACGAUAUACCACUUCAGCAUCAAGAACCUUACCGAGAUGACCCCUUCAUUAUCACGAUAGAUCCAGAGCAACCUCCACCGCCAUCCUACGAAGCUUUAUACGUACAAAUCCAAACCGAAUUAGAGAUAUUGAACGAAGAAAUAGAUCCGGAUAUAGGUCAUGCUGAGGAUCAUGGAAAUGCUAUUGGUGAGUUAGCGGAGGAAUGUGGGAGGGUAUAUGGGCAGGGUUCUGAAAGAAGUGGUAAGGGAGAUGAAUGGGUAGGGUGGGGGUUGGUGGGGAGUGAGAUGAAUUUGGAAGGUGAUAAUCUCAUUACUAGUAAUCAUUUCUCGGUUAGCAUGGCACCAGCAACAGUAACAACAGCAGUUGGAGCAUCUUGGCAGGAAGUUGCCAAAGAUAGGCAGAGACAUCGUGAUGAGACUAUCGCAGCUAUCGUGCCGACUGUCCCAGAAAUAACUAAUAUUCCGUUGAACACAUUAUUAGUUGCGAAACAAGUACUUACAGCAGAUGAAAUCAAAAUCACAGAAGCUGCAGUUGAAGAUCUUGUGGCCAAACUUGCAAAAGGAGACUUAAGUUCAACCGAGGUUGCCAAUGCAUUCUUGAGAAGAGCUGGAUUGGCACAAAAAGUGACUAAUUGUAUCACCGAACUCCUACCCGAGCGAGCCCUAUCUCGUGCGAAAUAUCUUGAUGAGUAUCUCGAAACGAAUGGAAAGCCUCUUGGUCCUCUUCACGGCAUACCGAUAAGUGUGAAAGAGCAUAUGGGGGUUAAAGAUUUGGAUCAAAAUGCGGGUUUUGUUGCUUGGGUUGGCAGAACAAGUCCAGUCGAUUCUCACAUUUUGGAGAUCCUGUUGAAUGCAGGAGCUAUUCUGUAUGCUAGGACUACACAGCCUCAAACGUUGAUGCAUCUUGAGACGAGUAAUAACAUAUAUGGAGUGACUGUAAACCCUUUCAAUACCACCUUGACUUGUGGUGGAUCUUCUGGUGGUGAGGGGGCAUUGGUUGGGUUCAGAGGCUCAUGUCUGGGUAUUGGAACUGAUAUUGGUGGCUCAAUCCGUUCACCGGCCGCAAACAAUGGUAUAUAUGGCAUGAAGCCAACAGCUCGUCGACUACCGAUAGACGGAUGGACUUCAACCAUGGCUGGCGCCGAACACAUCGUUCCCACAAUCGGCCCAUUGUCAACAAGUUUGGAGGGCUGCAAAGUCUUCAUUAAGACACUCAUCGAUGCAAAGCCUUGGUAUAAAGAACCAUCUCUUUUACCUUUCCCUUGGAAGGAAGAAGAUUUCUUUCGAGGAAAGAAAUUAAGAGUUGCCAUUUUAUGGGAUGACGGGGUUGUAAAACCACAUCCGCCGAUCACAAGAGCAUUACAGCAAGUCGUGGAUAAGCUCAAAAUGAAUGAUAAUAUAGAAGUGGUUGAAUGGAAACCAUACAAGCAUCACCUUGCUUGGGAAAUAAUUGCCAAUUUGUAUUUCUCGGAUGGUGGAGUACAAGAACUCGAUGCGAUAACAGAGUCUGGAGAGCCUCUCCGUCCUCUCACCGAGCACAUUAUUACUCAAAACCCGCACGUAGAAUCACAUAGCAUUGCCUCGAUGUGGAACUCCCAAGUACAACGAGAUAACUAUCGAACUGAGUAUGCGGAUGUUUGGAACAAAACAGCAACUUCCAAGGGAUCCAACGGCGAGCUCGAAGGAAUGGUAGACGUGAUACUAUCUCCAGCUGGACCAGGCAGUGCGCCGAAGCUGGACACUAGUAAAUGGUGGGGCUACACCUCGCAGUGGAAUCUAUUAGAUUACCCCGCCAUAGUCUUUCCAGUUGACCAAGUCGAUGUCGAGAAAGAUAACACGAAAGAGGCGUACACUCCCAGAAAUGAGCAGGAUAAGUACAAUUGGGAUCUAUGGGAGAAAUACGGAGCUGAGGGUUACAAAGAUGCACCAAUUAGUUUGCAAUUAAUAGGAAGACGGUUCGAGGAUGAGAAAGUCAUCCAAGCGUUAGAAAUCAUUCAAGAGCAAACUAAACUACCGUUUGUUGAAUAUAUUUAA